UAUUAAAAAUGCAUCGUAUUCUGGUAACUCGAUAAUAACAUUCACUACAUUUGGGCGUGGUUGCGGGACUCCUUUGUAGAGCCUUUGGAGUUGUAACUCUGGUGGUGUUGGUGGCGCUGCGUAGCUGCGACCACAGGCUCAGUGCAGCCAGUGACGCGGCGCUGGGAUGAGUGGUGGAGCGGACUGCUGGGACAUGUCCGAGUAGAAACCCGCAACACCCGUCGACACACCCAGCAUCAAAACCCUUUUGAGAUGGGGCAGUGUGGCAUCACGUCGUCAAAGACGGUCCUGGUCUUUCUGAACCUAAUAUUUUGGGCUGCUGCUGGUAUCCUGUGCUACGUUGGAGCGUACGUCUUCAUUACAUACGACGACUACGAUCACUUCUUUGAAGAUGUGUACACUCUUACCCCGGCGGUGACAAUUAUCGCGGUCGGAGCCCUCCUUUUCAUUAUUGGACUCAUUGGCUGCUGCGCUACUGUGCGAGAGAGCCGCUGUGGUCUGGCAACGUUUGUUGUUAUUCUCCUGCUGGUGUUCAUGACGGAAGUGUCUGUGGUGGUUCUCGGGUACGUUUACAGAGCAAAGGUUGAAAAGGAAGUAAAUGUUUCCAUCAAGAAAGUGUACGAUGAGUACGAUGGCACCAACAGCAAUGCCCAGAGCCGUGCCAUCGACUACAUUCAAAGACAGCUCCAGUGUUGUGGGAUCCACAAUUACUCAGACUGGCAGAAUACACGCUGGUAUGAACAAUCCAAAAACAACAGCACACCCAUCAGCUGUUGCAACACUAACUUUGGAGGCUGCACGGGGUCUCUCACACAUCCUGAAGAUCUCUACCAAGAAGGUUGUGAAGCUAUGGUCGUGAAGAAGUUGAAGGAGAUUAUGAUGUAUGUCAUUUGGACUGCACUGACAUUUGCUGCAAUCCAGAUGCUGGGGAUGUUGUGUGCAUGUGUCGUGCUGUGCCGCAGGCCCAGAGGUCCCGCCUAUGAGCUUCUUAUUACCGGAGGCACCUAUGCCUAAAGGAGAACACAUUUCUCACCACAACACACUUUCAGAAUGUGUCAUUGGUGAGAGCCUGAAAAUAAUAUAUUACCUCACUAGCAGCAACACUAAAGUUCUAUAUUUGACCUGUUUUUCCCCAAAAAAAAGCUACAGACCAAAUUGUUAAAUGGUCAAUGUAAAGGAAAUACAGAAAACUGAUACUUAGGAUGGCAAAAGGGCAUAAAGGGGCAUGUUAAGCGCCUGAGGAUGAAGUAGAACCUCAUAUGUGGCGUAAAAUAACGAUGGGAUGUUUCCUUAUGUUAGUUUGCACUGUGUGUAUGGCUUUGACAAUUUUGUUUUUAAAUCUGAAAUUUUGAUUAAAUAAAAUUUACCUCCACUAAUAUUAUUUUACUACUAUUACAGCUUGGUUUUGGUAUGGAGCUCAAUUUUCAGCAGAAGGAUUCUGUAAAGUCGUUGACACCAAAAAAUGCAGAAUAUCUAACUUAAGUGACGUCUGCAUGUCCAAUCUUUCUUUUAAGAUUCAAGCUUUUGAAUCCCCUUCAGUGUGUGUUUUUUUCAAGAAGUAAUACAUUAUUGACUCAAGAUAGACUUCCGGUGGUGUUUUGUUUGUUUUUGUCCCAGAAGUCCACUCCUGGUAGUUUAAGCAUUUGAUUUGCAGAUAUGUAGCAAGGGUAAGACUAAAGAAUGUCAAUCAAAUUUGGGGGAAGGUUGAAAUUAAAAGAUUGCACAAUUUUCUGACAAUAUGUUACAAAGUGGGAAUGUUACUUCCCAAAAUGUGUUUCUCUUUCUGACUUGAUAAAGCUCAUAUUAAAAAGUCAAUAAGAAAGG